AUGGUAGGGCUGGUCUUGUCAGUACUCGUCGUGUUUGCAGUUAUCGUCAUUGGAAGCUUGCUCAUAGUUGACUUUGAAAUUCGCCAUUUGACCAUUGGGUUCCUAAGUUGUGCUUCUCUCAUAUCCAUGUUUGCUUCACCAUUGUUUAUAAUCAAUUUGGUGAUCCAGACAAGAAGUGUUGAGUUUAUGCCAUUUCAACUGUCCCUCUGCGCGUUUUUGAUGAGCACGUCUUUCCUUUUAUAUGGAAUCUUCAAUUUUGACCCGUUUGUAUACGUCCCUAACGGAAUUGGAACCGUAUUAGGAGUAAUACAAUUGCUUCUAUUCUCGUACUAUCGGAAGCCACUGAGGGAAGACUCUAUAGAACCAUUAAUAGUGUCUCACUCUACUGAUGCAUGA